AUGGACAUCCGUGGGCGUCUGACGGAGAUGUCAGCGAUGGAGGUGAAGUUGCAGUACAUUGGACACUGGCAACAACUCACAGGCAAUGGGGUGAUUUACUUCGUGGCACGAUUUGAAACCAGUGUACCAGUUGCGACAGCAUUGGGACUGCCUGCUGACACUCCCGAUCAGGCCUACCGCACCCUCUCAUUCCAUAGCUCCCACAUCCAUCCCACCUCCCGCCAAGUAACUAUCUCUUUUAGCCGUCGCGAUGAGGUGGUCGGUAUUGGGAACGGGCGCGUUGCCAGGCAUGAUCCCACCACUGGUGAAAUUCACGCAGCAUGGCGGUUGGAAGUGAUUCAAGGCUGGAACGUUAACCGAGAGUUGAACGAGCUUGUCCUUAUGCUUGCUCCAACCGCAACCUCUCCUUCCACCACCACCAUCACCACAACUAUUAACACCACAAAGUCGCACCUCAUUCCCACUUCCUUUCCCUCCACCGGUGGUCGGGUGGUGAUUCGGCCCAUCGGCGUUCCAGUGCAGAAAGUGAGUGAAGUUUUGGGAGCAAACGUAUUCCUUAGCCUUCGUUCACCCACUAAGAGUCAGGAGUUGGACGAAGCUCUCUUUUACCGUCUUAUCGGUGCCAGUCCUAUGAAAAGUCUCUACGCCAAUAUAACCCCUGCCUCCACUGCCGCUGCCACGACUUUAGCUAGAUGA